AUGUCCCACGGCUGGACGGCCAGCUUCUCGGGCCUGCUUGUGCUGUUCACCAUAGUUACAAGCGUCCUGGCUCAGGACCUCGGCAUUAAGCUCGACAAAAGCGCCUAUGAGAACGCCCAGCGCGUUAUCUACUCGUCUAAACUCACGUUCACAGCAGACACUGCUACGCUCUUCACAGACGACCAACUCUAUGGGCUUGCCAGUCUGGCCCACACGCAAAUGCAGUCCAAGUUCCGGGCCGACGGUAUCGAUCAAAACCUUCAGCCCAGCAUGAUGGCCGCUAUGGCUCUCGGGAAGGACAUCUACCUAUCCUCCAGUUUAAAGGGUGGCUGGUUCGUGUAUAACAAGUUCGCCGAUUCGCGUUCCAAGCCGGAGGUCCGACUUGCUCUUGAGCAAUGCCAGGCACAGCUACAAGCUUCUAAGAAAGUCCCCGUCAAUAAAGAGCACCAGACCCGAGCGAGCUGUGCGGAAGUCUUCACAGUUCACCAGUAUAACUUGGAUGAUGAGGUGUCGCAGGAGGCGCGGAGACGGCCCCCAGCCACGCGCAUUGUGGCCUUUGGAAAAGCAGGCAUAAGUGGCUCCCUAGGACCACAAAAUGCCUGCGGUGGUGGUGAAUCUGUCAAUGAUAAGGGUUUGCUCACUUGGGGAUGCAAGCAGUUCAUGGCGAACGAAGGCAUUACCGUGGCGCGGAAGCCGGCGAGAAAUGCUAACUUGGGCCUUCCGAGGCCAUUCCCCACAUUCACGAAGAAGCAGAUCAGCAUAAUCCCCGCUACCCGUCCGCGCCCUGCCCAAGGCAGCCGGCCAACUAGAGUGGGGCAGCCAUCCCGGCCGACACGAGCUAGACAACCACCUACUCGGCCACACUAG